GGGCCGAGCCGAGCGGCCGCGGGGCGGGAGCUGAGCGCGGGCGGCGGCUGGCGGCGGGCGGCUGGCGGCGGGCGGCGCCCCCUCGGUGCAAUAUGUUCAAGAGAAUGGCCGAGUUCGGGCCUGACUCCGGCGGCAGGGUGAAGGGCGUUACCAUCGUGAAGCCGAUCGUGUACGGGAACGUCGCGAGGUACUUCGGAAAGAAGAGAGAGGAGGAUGGGCACACGCACCAGUGGACGGUUUACGUGAAGCCUUACAGGAACGAGGACAUGUCUGCCUACGUGAAAAAAAUUCAGUUCAAGUUGCACGAGAGCUACGGGAAUCCUCUAAGAGUUGUUACCAAGCCGCCGUAUGAGAUCACUGAGACAGGCUGGGGUGAAUUUGAAAUAAUCAUUAAGAUAUUUUUCAUCGACCCCAAUGAAAGACCUGUAACCCUGUAUCACUUGCUGAAGCUUUUUCAGUCUGACACCAAUGCUAUCCUGGGAAAGAAAACUGUAGUUUCUGAAUUCUAUGAUGAAAUGAUAUUUCAAGAUCCUACUGCAAUGAUGCAGCAGCUGUUAACAACGUCUCGUCAGCUAACACUAGGUGCUUAUAAGCAUGAAACAGAGUUUGCAGAUCUUGAAGUAAAAACCAGGGAAAAGCUAGAAGCUGCUAAAAAGAAAACCAGUUUUGAAAUUGCUGAGCUUAAAGAAAGAUUAAAAGCAAGUCGUGAAACCAUCAACUGUUUAAAGAAUGAAAUCAGAAAACUUGAAGAAGAUGAUCAGUCUAAAGACAUGUGAUGAGUGGUGACUUGAUAGGGAGCCUGUGCUGAAAAUGAAAGGACUCCAGUCAUGGAGUUGUGUGUGUUCUCUUGAAUUCCCUAACUGAGACUGUAUGAAUUUUAUUCGCAAAUCAUUGGAAUGCGUGGCGAUUGACUUCAUGAAGAGAACAAGAAUGAACGUAUCCUCUUUUUAUAGUUGAAAUCUGUGGGUAUGUACUGAUUUAUUUCAAGGAAACCAGGACUUGAAGACCAGAUGACUUUUUAACUGCAUUUGAGUGGUAUAUGAAAAGUUUGUAUUAAGUCUUGUAUUAGUUCAAUGGGACUUUACAAAAUGCCACUGUUUACUUUUUUAUUUUUUUCUACUGUUUAGAGAUGCAUCUUUAAGUUGAAAAUAAAACAUGCUCUUUUUUU